GAUGCUUCGCGAAAACGUCGAAGACUUUUGUCCCUCUUCAUGCGCCGUACAGUACAACUAAAACGUGCUAUGUUGUGACUGAAUGAGGCAUCGGUUCUCUGAAACAGCUGCAGUACUGUGAGCACAUAUUUAGGCGGGACAGGCUGUAUCGUUUUGAAAAGACCACAUCGCGUUUACGCUGUUGUCUCUGCGCCUUUAGAGUCUCUGAAAUCUUAGCCUCAGCUGUUAAGCUAACGGCUAAUAAAGCCGAGGAGGGGACAGCAACGUCAACCAUAACAACAGCGUAGCCCGCUGCUAUUGAGCCGAGAUACACACAAGGGUUUAUAUCAGUGUGAAGGAUUAUCUGCGAACAUGUCGGCCGCGUCCAACGACUCGAGGAAACGGAGCAAGAAGCGGUAUGCGGCCGGCCACCACCACAGCAAGCGGUGGAAGGGCUCGCGGGAGCUGGAGGUGGGCAUGGAGGGGAUCCUCAUCACGUGCAACAUGAACGAGAGGAAGUGCACCGCGGAGGCCUUCAAUCUGCUCAAUGAGUACGCCGACGAGCUCUUUGGGCCCGAGAAGCAGCUGCAAGAUAACAAUGGGAGCAGCAGUGACGAGGAGGAGGCUGAGGAAGAUGUUGAGGUAGCGCUGAAGAAGGAAGUGGACCAGCUGAAAGCAUCUGGAGCUAAACAGCAGAGGCGCUUUCAGGCUUUGGACAGUGGAGCAAACAAUGUCAUCUUCAUCAAAACUCGAAAUCUGGAAUCGGACAAGCUGGUUCAUCACAUCCUGUCUGAUCUGCACACCACCAAGAAGAAAAAGUCCCGCGUGAUUCUUCGGAUGCUACCAGUAACGGGAACAUGCAAGGCCUUCCAGGAAGACAUGGUGAAGUACCUGACUACUUUCCUGGAGCCUUGGUUCAAAACCCCAAACUGUGGUACCUACCAGAUCGCCUUCAAGGCUCGCAACAGCAGCCACAACAAGAGAGACGAAAUCAUCAAAUCAAUCGCAGGUCUCGUGGGGAAGCUGAACCCAAAGAACAAAGUUGACUUGACCAACCCAGAACUGACAAUCAUUGUGGAGGUCAUCAAGGCGGUGUGUUGCAUCAGUGUGGUAAAAGACUAUGCUCUGUAUAGAAAGUACAAUGUCCAGGAAGUAGUCAAAGAGGACACACCAAAGCCCGAUGUGACCCCAGCACCAACGGAUACGAGCACAGCUGGGGAGAAGGAUGCACACGAUGCAGAGGAGACGACCAAAGAAGAGACGAAGAAAGGCGAAGAAGACAAUGACAACAGUGUGCCAGAGGAAGACAAGGAAGCUGGGGAGGAGGACGAAGGUCACGGGGAGUAAUGGCUCACAUUUAGAAAAGCCUGUCAGUCAGAUUUUUAAUUUCUAUGUGAAGCAAAAAAAAAAAGCCGUUCCUUUUUUUCACAACUGACUCGACGAAGGUUCGCAAAACUCGGAAGAGAAUCGGAAUUUAAUUUAAUAUCUUUUCCUUGUAUUCAUAAAGAUAUCUAUGACUUUAUUGAGAUGUCCAUUUUUAAAUAAGUGAUUUUUGAAUUAACUGGUAUUACCAUUUUGCAGCAUAACUGCCAUCAGCUCAGUUUUUUAAUGCUGAAUUUUAUUUUUAAUUUCAGUGUCAUUUAAAAAAAAAAAAAGUGUUUUGUUCUGGUUAACUUGUGUGUCGCAUUUAGUAACUGUUUUUUAAACUGUUAUUUCCUGAAGCAGUCCCUGAAUUAAAGUUAUCUGUGUGUUUGAA